GCAGCAAGCACUGUCAUGGUUCAGACGGUUACCAAAAUGCCAGUAAUUAGAGAAGUGAGACCCGCUCACAAUGAACAGAUCUGCAGUACAUGGGGAAACUAUCACUUUAAGACCUUCGAUGGAGAUUUCUUCCAGCUUCCCUCCACUUGCAACUACAUCCUUGUGUCCGAGUGUAAGGCAAGCUAUGAAAGUUUCAAUAUUCAGUUCCAACGGCAGGAGAUAAACGGGGCCAUCACCAUUAAAGAGGUCACUAUGAAACUGGAUGGGGCCAUUGUGGAAUUAACCAAUACAUCCAUCAAAGUCAAUAAUGAGCUUGUCAAUAUACCAUUCAGCCAGGUUGGCAUUUCAAUUGAAAGAACCGUCUCCUACGUGAAAAUCGAGGCAACGCUGGGUUUGGUGGUUAUGUGGAAUGAAGAAGACUCUCUCUGGGUUGAGCUGGAUACCAAAUUUAAUAAUCAGACCUGCGGCCUGUGUGGUGACUACAAUGGAGUCCAGGUUUACGACGAGUUCAUCAAAACAGGACCAAGGGAGUCUGUGGAUCUAGACUAUUAUGGGGAGAUCUGGAAAGUCAACGGUCCUAAUGAAGAGUGUGAAGGAAUCUCCUCUAUUGCUACACAGACCUGUGAAAAUCAAAAAGACCUCUGUGCAAACCUGCUGACAGGACCUGCAUUCCUCAGCUGUCAAAAGCUGAUUGAUACUGACUCCUUCAUAGAAGCCUGUGUGAAGGACUUGUGCCACUGCAACAGUAGUACCUCAUGUUUGUGUUCAACCACAUCAGAGUAUUCCCGUCAGUGCGCUCAUGCAGGCGGGGUACCACAGCAAUGGAAGACAGCACAACUUUGUGAAAAAACAUGCCCUUUUAACAUGGAGUAUAAAGAAUGCGGUAGUCCCUGUACUGACACCUGUAGCAACCCCCAGAGAAGCCAAGUAUGUGAGGAUCACUGCUUGGAUGGAUGCUUUUGUCCAACUGGGACUGUCUUUGAUGACAUUACACAAAGGGGUUGCGUUGCUGCUGACACAUGCUCCUGCUUACACGAUGGCAAGCCAUACAAACCAGGGGAGUCAUACUCAAGGACAUGUCAAAAUUGCACCUGUACCCAGGCUCAGUGGCGCUGUGAGAAUAUAGACUGUCCUGGUAUCUGCUCCUUGCUGGGUGGCUGCCACAUCUCCACCUUUGAUGACAAAACGUAUUAUUUCCAUGGAGACUGCUCUUAUGUUCUCUCCAAGGAAACUAAUGGGACUUUCCGUGUCCUUGGUAAUCUGGCCAAAUGUAAAAAUUCAGUUAUGUCCACUUGCCUGACUGCAGUCACCCUACUACUGCCUAAUGACAGGAUGAUUGUAGUUCAAGCUAAUGGACAGGUUUUGUAUAACAAACUGAACACUCAGCUGCCUCUUAUCAUAGAUGACAUCAAAGUCUUCAGCCCAUCAACAUUCUUCAUUGUAAUCCACACCAACUAUGGGCUGCUUCUCGAGAUUCAGCUUUCACCCAUUAUGCAAGUCUACAUCAAAGCCAGUGUUUCCAAUAAGGGAAAACUCAGGGGUCUUUGCGGAGAUUUUAAUGAUGUGGAAGCUGAUGACUUCAAGACCACAAAUGGGCUGACCGAGGGAACGGCUGGGUCAUUUGUCAACACAUGGAAGAUCAAAACAAGCUGCUCCGAUGUGACUAACAUACUUGGGGACCCCUGCCUUUUGAGCAUAAACAAUGAGAAAUAUGCCAAGCACUGGUGCGCCUUGCUGUCAGACCCAGAAGCGAUUUUUGCAAAGUGCCAUUCUGUAAUAAAUCCAGAAGACUAUAAAGCUUCUUGUAUUUAUGACACCUGCGCCUGUGCUAACAGUGAGGAGUGCAUGUGUGCUGCCAUAUCCUCCUAUGUCUAUGCAUGUGCUGCUGAAGGUGUCUUAUUGAAUGGAUGGAGGAACACCGUAUGCCAGAAAUACAUGACUGGCUGCCCUUCUACUUUUGUGUAUGGCUACCAAAUGACAAGCUGUGGUCGCACCUGCCGCUCUCUUAGUCAGUCAGACUCAACAUGUGAGGUUGAAUUUACCCCGUUUGACGGCUGCGGCUGUGCUGAAGGAACUUACCUCAAUGAGAAUGGACAGUGUGUGUCAGCCACACAGUGCUCCUGUCAUAUGGGAGACCAGCUGGUUCGCGCCGGGCAUAUCAUCAAAGUCCAUGCACAAACUUGCUCAUGCCAUAGUGGAAAACUAGAAUCAUGCACCGAGCCAAUGGUUUUCUUCAACUGCUCAAGCGCGAAUCCAGGUGACAAGGGGGCCGAGUGCCAGGAAACCUGCCAGAUACUGGACACAGAAUGUGUCAGUACACAGUGUAUGUCAGGCUGCAUAUGUCCUGCUGACCUGCUGUCUGAUGGUAAAGGAGGCUGUAUUAAGAAGGAGGACUGUCCCUGCACAUAUAAUGGCAAUUCCUUUAAUACUGGACAGAACAUUACUGUGGACUGCAAUACCUGCACCUGCAAAGGCAGACACUGGCAAUGUACAAAUCAUGAUUGUGAUGGAACCUGUACCAUAUAUGGAGAAGGACAUUACAUCACAUUUGAUGAGAAGAAAUUCUCCUUUAAUGGGGACUGUGGCUACGUCUUCACUCAGGAUUACUGUGAGGAUGAUAUGAAGGGCACCUUUCGGGUCCUGACUGAGAGCAUCCCAUGUGGAACAACAGAAAGCAUCUGCUCCACUGCUAUCAAACUCUACCUUGGGAACAAUGAAAUUGUUCUUUCGGAGGAAAAUGUCAGAGUUAUUAAACAAAAAAAGGGGGUGGAUAUACCCUUUAAAGUCCACACUAUGGGCAUAUACCUUGUCAUUGAGGCAAAUAAUGGUCUUGUUCUCAUUUGGAAUAAGAAGACAACAAUCAUGAUCAAACUCAAGCCUACAUUCAAGGGAAAAAUAUGUGGUCUUUGUGGGAAUUACGAUGGAAAUAUCAAGAACGAUUUCACCACCAGAAACAAGGAAGUUGUUGUUGAAGCCAUUGACUUUGGAAACAGCUGGAAAGUGUCACCUACUUGCCCUAAUGCUAACACACACAAAAAUGCCUGCAGUCUGUAUUCACACAGGCAAGCAUGGGCAUUAAAACACUGCAGCAUCAUCAAUAGUAAAGUAUUUGCUGGUUGCCAUUCAAAGGUGGGUCCACAAAACUAUUAUGAUACUUGUGUGAGAGACACUUGUUCCUGCAACACAGGAGGAGAUUGUGAAUGUUUCUGCUCGGCUGUAGCAGCCUAUGCAGCAGCCUGUAAUGAGGCCGGAGCCUGCGUGAAAUGGAGGACUCCCACAAUCUGCCCUCUAUUCUGUGAUUUUUACAACCCUGAUGGAGAGUGUGAAUGGCAUUACGAGCCUUGUGGAAAACCAUGCAUGAAGACAUGCAGGAAUCCCUCAGGAGUAUGCUACAAUCACAUUCCAGCCCUAGAAGGUUGCUAUCCAAAUUGCCCGCCUGAACGAUCUUAUUUGGAAGAAGAUACAAUGCACUGUGUGUCACAGGAAAAAUGUGGCUGCUAUGAUAACGAAGGGAAACAUUAUGAAGAAGGGGCGCUCAUGCCUCCAAAGGAAAACUGUCACAACUGUGAUGGACUAAUCUGCCUUAACAAAGAGCAAGUUGGGGUUCCUCUAUGUUUUGACUAUGAAAUUCGAGUGAAAUGUUGUGUCAACAGGUGUAACACUUCAACCACAACUGCCCCCUCAACAACAGCAAUCAAAGGAAAGUCUACUACAACCUCAGAAACAACUACAGAAAUACACACUACAACAACCCCGAUCACAGAAAAACCUACCACAACAACCACGAUCACAGAAAAACCCACCACAACAACAGAAACGGAACAAACUACUGCUUCUACAACAACUAAAGAACCCAGCACAACACUAGAAACCACAGAAAAACCCACCACACCAACCACGAUCACAGAAAAAAACACUACAACAACCCCGAUCACAGAAGAACCCACCACGACAACAGAAACGGAACAAACUACUGCUUCUACAACAACUAAAGAACCCAGCACACCAAUAGAAACCACAGAAAAACCCACCACACUAACCACGAUCACAGAAAAACCCACCACCAUAACUACAAUCACAGAAAAACCCACCACAACAACAGAAACGGAACAAACUACGGCUUCCACAACAACUAAAGAACCCAGAAAACCCACUACUGAAACUUCACCUGUACAGACAAAGUCUUCAACAACAGACAGAACAACUUUAUGUUUCUGCAAGUACAUGGAUCAAAUGUUUUCUCCUGGUAGUUUCAUGUACAAUAAGACUGAUGGAGAAGGAUGGUGUUUCACAGCAUAUUGCAAUUCGAAAUGCAAUGUUGAGAAAAAGGCUAGACCAUGUCCCUCUACGACUCCACCAACUCCUACCACCACAACCAGCUCUGAGAAGCCUUCCAAAGACUGCUUAUAUCUGCAGCCACCUCGAAAGAAUGGUGAGUCCUGGAGUUCAAACAACUGCAGCACAGAAAAAUGUGACAAUGGAAAAGUAAUAACAGAUCAUGUGCCAUGUAAAUCGCUGACCAUGCCUGUAUGUGAAAAUGGGCAACCACCAGUCAGGGUUUAUGAUGAAGGAGGCUGCUGUUUCCACUAUGACUGCAGAUGUUUUUGCGCUGGCUGGGGAGAUCCUCAUUAUUUAACAUUUGAUGGCCAGUAUUACAGCUUCCAGAAAAACUGCACAUAUGUCCUCGUCAAAGAGAUCAUUCCUCAACACAAUUUUAAGAUUCUUAUCGACAACGAAAACUGUAAUCCAUCUGGAACUGUGACCUGUGCAAAAGCCUUGAUCGUGUAUUACAAAAACUAUGAAGUUAUUCUUACACAGGAGAGAAACCCAAGGACCGUAAAUAAGGUGUUCAUCAACGGCAAGCAGGUACUCCCAACCUACUCAAAUGAUGACUUCAUCAUAACAAGUACAUCAAUUGAGCUGCUUUUGACAAUCCCGGAAAUUGAGGCCGUAGUGAAGUUCAAAGGGCUUUUGUUCAGCGUUGACUUGCCCUUUUCCCUUUUCCACAACAACACAGAGGGGCAGUGUGGUACCUGUGACAAUAACAGGAAAAAUGACUGCAGAUUACCGAAUGGCCAGAUUAAUCCUGCAUGCUCACAGAUGGGACAGUGGCAUGUACCGGAUAAGAAAAAAACAUAUUGUGAGAACCCAUCUCCUCCACCAACACCAAAACCAACACCUUCACCAACACCCUGCAAACCUGAAAUCUGUGAAAUUUUAAUCAGCAAGGUGUUUGUGGAAUGCCACAAAGUAAUCUCACCAAAACCAUUUUACGAGAGCUGUAAAUUUGAUGUUUGCCACAUGGAAAAUUCCACCAUUGGCUGUUCAAGUAUUGAGGUGUAUGCCGCGAUGUGUGCUGAAGCAUCUGUCUGUACACCCUGGAGGAAUGCAACAAACGGACAGUGUGAAUAUAAAUGUCCAGAAAAUAAGGUCUACAAGCCUUGCGGGCCAACUGUUGUUCAAACUUGCAAUACAAGAUACAAUGACAGGCAUGCAAAACAAUGCCAGGGAAAAAAUGGCAAAAACAAACAAGCUUGUAAUGGCGUCAUAGAAGGAUGUUUCUGCCCAGAGGGGAUGACCCUGUUCAGGCCAAAUUCUGACCUCUGUGUCUCCUCCUGUUGCACUGGACCUGAUGGCGAACCUAAACAGCUUGGUGAGACUUGGCAGAGUGGCUGUAAGCAGUGUACUUGUGAUAAGCACUCUCUUAGUGUUCAGUGUAAGCCUCUCACAUGUCCCACUCAAGAACCAAUAACCUGUACUGAGGAAGGUGAGGUGUUGGUCAAGCGCAAAGUGGACUGCUGUAAGAGACUGACCUGUGAAUGUGACAGGAGCCGCUGUUCGUUGCCAUUACAUAAAUGCAAACUUGGAUUUGAGUUGGAGAUCCACAUGUCAAAUGACACUUGCUGCCCAUCUUACCGCUGUGUACCCAAAGGCGUCUGUGUCUUCAAUGAUACUGAGUACAAGCCAGGUAUGGAUUUCUACAAAAAUCCAUGUGAAUCAUGCAGCUGUACUAAGACUCAGGAUCCCAGAAGCAAGUUGAACACCAUUGAGUGUAAUGUGAUGUCAUGUAACACAUUGUGUCCGGAGGGCUAUGUUUAUAAUAAACAACCUGGACAAUGUUGUGGAUCAUGUAAACAAACCAGCUGUGUUGUGGAUGUCCCAGGCUUCACUUCUCCAAUAAUUAUUAAACCUUCUCAGUCUUGGUCACCACCAAACGAUAAGUGUGCCAAGUAUGAUUGCCAAAAGAUGAAGGAUGAGUUCAUAACCUCUAAAAAUCAAACAACAUGUCCUGCAUUUGAUCCAGCAAACUGCAUUCCUGGCACUGAACAAAGUGACAACAACGGUUGUUGCAAAUCUUGUACUCCAAGAACCAACUGUCAAAUGAACAAGAACACCACCUAUCUGCAGACAAAGGACUGCAAGUCAGUUGUGCCAGUGGAAAUCACAGCCUGUGCAGGACCUUGUGGAGCGUCUUCAUCAAUGUACUCUGCAGAAAACAACCGUUUGAUGCAUGCAUGCUCAUGCUGUCAAGAAAUGGCCACCAGUGAGAAGGUGGUGGAGAUGAUCUGCUCCAAUGGCCAAAAGAUAAAGCACGUCUACAUUUCAGUUGACAAGUGUGGUUGCCAAGUCGCUGAAUGUAAGGACAAGACAGACUGAUACAAAAAUUUAGCAAGACAACAUUAAAGCUUUAUUGAAGGGAAAAUUUAACUAUUAUACUUACAUUAACUUUACCAAUUCCUCUCCAAAAACUUUAAGAGUCAGGACUUAAUAUGUGAAGACACACACCUCUGUUUUUUUCAGCAACCCAAAAUAAGUCAGAUAAGUUCAACAUGUUAAACAGCAGAGUUGUUGUGGGCUGAAAUUUCCUGCACCCCUGGAAAUUCUCCCUUUAUACUCGUAACUUUUCUCAUUUAUUGUCAGGGAGGCAGGUCCGCAUAGCGCCCUGUAAUGACAGCACGUUUGAUUCCUGGAGACUCUAAGCUUUUGUAGAGGAUUUACCUUUUAUAGAAAGUUAGCAAUGUGGUGUUUUUAAUCUUAGGAGGGUGUUUCUUUUUAUUUUACUUGAGACUACUAUUACUUGAGAGAUAAAUGACACAAGAAUGGCUUCAGAUUUCACAGUAUAUUGUAGCAAUAUUUUCUUCCAAUUAUAUUUGUGGUAAAAUGUGAAAGAUUUAAAACAUUGAUUUGAAUUUUAAAUAGUUGCUGGUCAUUAUUUCAAACAGCAACAUAAACAAAAAACAACUCUUAACCUUUUGAACAUAUAAAUAAAAGAGUGUAAAGAAUACCAAGACUAUAUUUGUCCUGCAUCUUAUGUGUCAAACUUCUGCAAAUAUGAAUGUCUUCAUUGUCAUUAAAAUCUCCGGUUUACUUGCAAGUGUGUGUUUGUUUUGUUUUCUCUGAUAUUUAUUUAUGUGGAUUUGUCUUAGUAUUUGCAUGAUAUAGUGUUGGUAGCAAGAAGAAUCUCUUCAAUUAAAUAGAAAAUCACUUUAUUUUGCCUAUGGCAGUACACCAUCAUUUAUGGCUGUAUACACUGUGUGCACAAUUAUUAGGCAAAUUGUAUUUUUGAGGAUUCAUUUUAUUAUUGAACAACUACAGUGCUCUCGGUCAAUCCAAAAUGUUAAUAAACCUCAAACCUGAAUAUUUAAGAAAGUAAAAGUGAGAAUAUCUAUGUGUGCACAAAUAUUGGGCACACAUAGAUAAAAAAUUGAGAAUAAUAAACAAACGACUCAAAAUUUACAAAUAAACAUUUCUGACAAUAACAGUCAUAAGCCUUCCAUUCAUGGAGUCUGUCAGUUUCUUGAUCUGUUGACGAUCAACUUUUUGUGCAGCAGCAACCACAGCCUCCCAGACAUUAUUCAGAGAGGUGUACUGUUUACCUUCACCGUAAAUCUCCCGUUUAAGAAGGGCCCACAAGUUCUCAAUAGGGUUUAGGUCAGGUGAGGAAGGGGACCAUGUCAUUAUUAUUUAAUCUGUAAGGCCUUUACUGGCUAGCCACGCAGUGGAGUACUUCGAUGCAUCCAAUGGAGCAUUGUCCUGCAUAAAAAUCAUGGUCUUCUUGAAAGAUGCAGACUUUUUCCUGUACCACUGCUUGAAGAAAGUGUCUUCUAAAAACUGGCAGUAGGUUUGGGAGUUGAUUUUGAGUCCAUCUUCAACCCGAAAAGGUCCAACUAGCUCAUCUUUAAUAAUACCAGCCCAUACCAGUACCCCACCUCCACCUUGCUGGCGUCUGAGUCGAAGUGGAGCUCUGUGCCCAUUACUGAUCCAGCCACGGGCCCGUCCAUCUGGUCCGUCAAGAGUCACUCUCAUCUCAUCAGUCCAUAAAACCUUUGAAAAAUCUGUCUUCAGAUAUUUCUUGGCCCAGUCUUGACGUUUCAACUUAUGUGUCUUGUUCAGUGGUGGUCGGGUUUCAGCCUUCCUUACCUUGGCCACGUCUCCGAGCACUUAACACCUUGUACUUCUGGGCACUCCAGGUAGGUUGCAGUUCUGGAGUAUGACAGCACUGGAGGAUAAUGGGUUCCUGGUAGCUUCACCUUUGAUUCUUCUCAAAUCUUUGGCAGUUAAUUUUCGUCUUUUUUUCUCAACACGUUUCUUGCGACCCUGUUGACUAUUUGCAACAAAACGUUUGAUGGUUCUGUGAUCACGCCCCAAUAUCAAGAGUGCUGUAUCCCUCUGAGAUACUGUUUACAAGUCAGUUAAAUCUCUUUUUUGGCCCAU